AUGUCCGAGCAUCGUCGUCGGAGGUCUCCCGAGCGUCGGACGGCUCGCGAUCGCGGGCGGCAGCAGACGAGACGACGGUCGCGCUCCCGCUCUCUGCCACAGGAAGGCGAACGACGCGAGCAGAAGAGGCAGCGACUGCGACCGCGGACGCGCUCACCGCCGAGUCAAGCGCGCCACGGGGACAAGAAGACGCGCGACUUUUCGCACUUAGUCGAAUGGGGAAAGCAGGAGGAGAAGGACGGGAAGGGGGAGGAGGAAGAGGAGCUGGUGGAGGUGGAGAAGCCGAACUUUGGACUCACGGGCGCGCUGGCCAAGGACCAGACGACGGGGAACAUGCAGAAUGGCGUCGUGCUGAAGUUCUCUGAGCCUUCUGAAGCUCGACAGCCGACGAGACGCUACCGGUUGUACGUGUUCAAGGGCGACAAGAACAUUGCGACGCUUCAUGUGCACCGCAAGAGUGUGUUCCUGAUUGGACGUGACAAGGCCGUGGCCGACAUUUUGACAGAACAUCCGUCGUGUUCGAAACAGCAUGCAGUGCUGCAGUACCGCAUGUACCAGAAACCAACAGCGGACGGUCUGGGCUUCGAGCAGGAAGUGCGGCCUUACAUCAUGGACCUCAACAGCACCAACUCGACCUUCCUCAACGGCCGCGAAAUUGAAGGCUCGCGGUAUAUAGAGCUCAAGGAGAAGGAUGUGCUGAGAUUCGGCGAAAGCACUCGUGAGUACGUGCUCAUGCUGGCCGCCUAG